AUGAAGCUAGGGAAAUUUUACCCUAGGGCCCGCCAACAGCGGCCCAGCAUUCAUGAUCCCGCUGUUCGGCCGCGUCGCCUCGCGCUACUGAAGGCCGCGACAAGCAAUCUGCUCCUGCUGCAAUUUCUCUUUCUCAGGACUCUUCUGUUAUCUCUUCGGCAGACCGGGCACAUCCACAACAUCAACGUCUUGUUCGUCGACUAUGAUGGCGGGGCCAUUGGCAAUGCUGUGCGCAGCGCAUACACUCAAAUGGCGAGCACCGGCUUUCCGACCCUGGUUGAGCGACCUGCUCUCUUAUACCCAGAUCCCACCAGCAUUCGUGGUGCUGUUUGUGAUAUCGACUAUUGGGCAGCUCUAUACGUCACCUCCAACGCUUCGAAUCUUUUGUCUGCUGCAGUUGCAGGCGGAUCGGCAGCUGCCUCCUACAACAAAAGUGGUGUGAUGACUAUGGUUUGGAACGAGGCGCGCUAUCCCACAGUUGUUGACUCUGCCGUAUCCGAUAAUCUAAAGGCUUUGUCGGAAGCUGCAAGAGUCGCGUAUACGCAAGCGGAUGGCAAGCAAAUCAUCCCGACAUUGAACACAUCUGACUCCGCUGCCUUGGCUGCUUUUUCGAAUCCAUGGGUUUUAUCCUCGGUAAACCUACAAGCAACAACACAAGGAUCCCGAUUGAUCUAUAAUACGCUGACCAUCAUUCUAAUCUUAAUCCAGGAAUUCUUCUUCCUGGGUUAUGUGAAUGGUCUGUACCAACAAUUCCAACUUUACACCUCGCUCCACCCGCAUCGAAUUGCCAUUGUGCGCCAGAUGAUUUCGGGAACUUACACCUUCAUUGGCUCUUUAUGUACCACCGGCGCUAUCUGGGCAUUCCGCCACGGCUGGAAUGUUGGUGGUAGCCAAUUUGUCAUAACGUGGAUGGCCUUGUGGCUUUUUGCCCACUUGAACUUCCUUGUUCUGGAUGUUUUCACGAUUUGGCUGUCACCUCCAUAUGUGCCUAUGGCGUUGAUAUUCUGGAUUGUGUCGAACGUCACAUCUAUUCUUCUCCCUUUUGAGCUCUCGCCCGCCUUUUACCGUGUGGGCUACGCUCUACCGGCACACAGCAUUUUCAAUGUCCUGGUCGACAUCUGGUCAAGGGGGUGCAAUCCGCAGCUCUACUACGCACUUCCCGUUCUCUUCGUCUAUGAAGUUGUCGGCCUGAUACUUAGUACCGUCGGCGUCUACAGAAGGUCACACUACGCCAUGAUCAAACAGGAUGUGGAUGAAAAGGCUAUGCAAGCUCGCAUCGAAGCUCUGGUCCUUGAGCAACAGCCUCAGUUUCAUACUGAUGAGCCGGGUCAGGGUGAGGAACUAGAGACCUCGGAAAGCGACCAAGAGGCUGGAGGGGCACCUAGGCAGAGGAGGGGAACUACGGCGACUCAACCAGAUGAAGAACUCAUGGAGAUAAUCCGGCGGGAAAUGUCACGAUCAAAAGCUGAGGGAGUCCCGACCAGCCGCGACAGUACUGGACCUUGUUUCAACCUCCCUUUUAAGGAAAAGGAGUAA